AUGGCGGGGCCUCAUCCAUCCAACGGAAGCGAAAACGAGCAUCAAGGAAGCAUGUCAGUGACGACAACCAACGCCCCUAUCGGAAACCACUGGGAAGUUCAAUAUGCUCGCUUCUUCAAGCGUCCUUCUCUCUCAUCUGCCGCCGGCGCCGGUGGUUAUCAUCCGUCUCUCGUUCCCCAAGUCAAAAGGUCCAAGGGAUCAUGGAUUUCAUCCUUCACUUCUCUCGCCAAUCUCAAGUUACUAACCUCCACAAACGAUAAUUCUGAUAUUUCUCGCUCCAUCAUACUAACAGUUACUCUCGUCGACAACGUCAUUGAAGAGCAUUACAUUUCAAAGCUACAUUUCACCUGGCCUCAUGUCUCAUGUUUGCCUGGAUACCCUCCUAGGGGCAGCAAAAUUGUAUUCAUGAGUUAUAAAGAUCAUGUAGGCGAUAUCCAAAAGUUUGCCUUGCGAUUUCUCACAAGUGAUGAGACUGAAAGAUUUAUGAAUUUCAUAAAGGAUAUCUUUGGACAUGAGAAGAUUGACCGGUCAACUCCUGAUAUCCCUGAAUCCAAAACCCCAUCUCAAUCUGAGAUCGUGCCUUCUCUUCAACCUGUAGAUGGGUGGAAACUAAAUACAUUCUCUAACAAAGAUGCCAAAAGGAAGAUUGUACUUGGCCUCUGUUGUCCAAAUUCGCUAUCUAAAAAGUCAACACAGGAGUGGAGCCCAAUAAGCUCUUCUCCAGCCUAUAGACCAACACUUGACUGGAGUCCAAUAGGGUCAAAUGGUGACACAAUAUUUAGUCAAAACUCAAAUCCCAUGGAAGCCACACUUAGUCAAGAUGUUCAAGAAAAGCUUUCAGCCUUUCCUCCUAGUUUCACAUCAUUAUUGACCAUGGCAACAACACAAGAAAUUCUUUCUGAAGAUGUCAUUCUGAAAAAUGAAAUCAUGAAAUAUUUGGAAGACUCUUCCUUCCAAGUGAUGCUGAGCAAGGUACAGAAGGUGGUAACUGAAUUUGAAGACAUAUUUCCGAUGUAA